GUGCAAUUAGCAAUUGUUAUUGUUGUUUUGUCAUGCUGGUGUGUUAAACAAAUUUCAACCGCUCCGCAAACUUGACUCCACCAACAAAUAACCAUUUUUUUUUAUUAUUCUUGCAACCGCUGCUGCAAAUUGAGUGAGCGGCCUCAAAUUUUGCACAGACUUGCAGUUACACAGAUUGUCACUUGCUGACCAACCAGGCUGCUUGUCUGUAGAUCUUUUAACGUUUCCAGUUAGCACUUGGUUUCAGGGGAAUCCCCAAUAAUUUUCAACGCCAUCUCCCGGAAAGGAACAUAGUAAAUAUUAACCUAUUGUGAACGAACAUAUACUGACAUACUCCCGCAACUGUCAGCGCAUAAAUGACGGUUUGUGUUUGCCUAUGGAAUCCCGUCGUAAACAGAUCUAGGUUUUGCCUAUCCGGGAUUUGGGUAGCCUCCGUUACGUGGCUUGAUAUAACUUUACUGGGGUGGAAAAAUCAUCAAAUCCAUAAGGAAUAUUUCAAGCAUAAGAUCCGCUCCUGGCCCGAAUAUGAGAGCAAUUAAGUGCAUAGCGAACAUUCUAACAAGAAAUGUAAAAACGAUUUCACGCAGCCCCAAACAAAUUUACCCAGCCGCCACACGUAACGCAGAACCUAUUCUACAAAUCCUUAAAAAAACGUUGGAUGGCACUAAGUCAAGGCUCCAACUGCUAGAAGUAUCAUCGGGCACUGGCCAACAUGCACUCCACUUUGCCAAUAACUUCCCAAACAUCACAUUUCAACCGACAGAAUUCGAGCGGUCCUUACUGCCCAGCAUCGCAGCCUAUGCGGAAGAGAGUAAGUAUGGGAACUUGAAGGAGCCUCUAUAUCUGGACAUUUCCAAACCAUGUUUGGAAAACCAGCACGGUCAAUUUGACUACAUACUAAACAUCAACAUGCUCCACGUAUCACCGUGGUCUUGCACUGAAGGCCUCUUCCGGAACUCAGGUCAGCUUCUAAAACCUGGUGGCCUUCUUAUUAUAUACGGUGCGAUGGCUGUGGACGGAGUCCUAGAACCUGAAAGCAACAGGCAGUUCGAUAAGUCGAUAAGACGGCAGAACCGAGAAUGGGGGGUGCGCGAUGUGCGCGACUUGCAGAAGGAGGCUGCCAAAUAUGCAAUUUCGUUACGAAACAUGUAUGACAUGCCGGCGAAUAAUAAAAUGCUCGUCUGGGCAAAACUGUGAACGUGAAAGUAUUGAAUAUUUGUAUAAGUUUUAACUGGAAACGAACAAAGAAUGUAAAUAGAUAAGCUUUCAAGACU